UCUAUUUCCGGCCCAGUCAUGGCAGCAGCUGGACGCAGGAAGCGACUGUUUUCAGAAUAGAUAUAAACAACAAGGAGCAAAAUAUAGUUACUACGCCGUUUAAAGGAGUAUCCUUUCGCUUUCUGGCGCUUUGAAAUAUGGCUACGACAGCCCAGUUAUUCGAGGAACCCUUUGAUGCUGAUGAGUAUAUCGAGAGACUGGCAUGGAGAACACCUGGAGGAGGGUCCAAAGGAGGUGCAGAGGCAUUUGACCCAAAAAAGUGAGUUGCUGGAAGAGUUUGUCAACCACAUUGAGGAACUAAAACAGCUGGAUGAAAGGAUUCAAAGGAAGGUGGAGAAGUUGGAGCAGCAAUGUCACCGUGAAGCCAAGGAGUUUGCCCACAAGGUCCAAGACCUGCAAAGAAGCAACCAAGUAGCCUUCCAGCACUUCCAGGAGUUGGACGAACAUAUCAGUUACGUGGCCACCAAGGUGUGUCAUCUGGGAGAUCAGCUAGAAGGAGUCAAUACACCAAGACAGAGGGCAGUGGAGGCUCAGAGACUCAUGACAUACUUCAACGAGUUCCUGGAUGGAGAACUGCGCAGUGAUGUCUUCAACAAUCCGGAUAAGAUAAAAGAAGCUGCAGACAUCAUUCAGAAAUUGCACCUGAUUGCUCAGGAGCUGCCGUUUGAUAGAUUUUCUGACGUCAAGGCCAAGAUAGCAAGUAAAUAUCAUGACCUUGAGCGUCAGCUGAUCCAGGAGUUCACAGCAGCUCAGCGAAGGGGAGAGAUUGGGCGCAUGCGUGAGUUGGCAGCAGUUCUGCUACAUUUUAAGGGUUAUGCCCACUGUGUGGAUGUCUACAUCAAGCAAUGCCAAGAGGGAGCGUACAUGCGGAAUGAUGUAUUUGAAGACAUUGCCAUUCUGUGUCAGCGGGUUAAUAAACAGGUUGGAGAGGUUUUCUGCAGUCCAGAGACUGUCAUGGCUAAACUCAUUCAGAGCAUCUUUGAGAAUAGGAUACAGGCUCAUGUCAAAGAAAGACUAGAGGAGACACGCCACUCUGAUGUGGAGCAAUACCUCAAGAACCUCUAUGACCUCUAUUCACGGACAACGGCACUGGCUGCUAAACUCACAGACUUUAACUUGGGCUCAGACAAGCACACUUUUCUAUCUAAACUGAUAAAAAAUAUAUUCUCCUGUUAUCUGGAGAGCUACAUAGACAUGGAGCGACAAUAUCUGCAAAACCGCAGUGGCUUGAUUCUUCAGCGCUAUUAUGACUCUAAGAACCACCAAAAACGUCCUGUAGGCACUGGGAGUAUGCAGGAGCUAAAAGAGAGGAUCAGACAACGCACUAACCGGCCUCUGGGAUCCAGUAUUGACACGCAUGGAGAGACUUUCCUCUCACAAGAGGUUGUAGUCAACCUGUUGCAGGAAACCCGACAUGCCUUUGAGAGAUGCAACAAGUUGUCAGACCCAGCAGAUCUACCAAAAAAUGCCUUCUCUAUUUUCCUGCUUUUGGUGGAGUACCUGUGUGUGGACCAUAUAGACUAUGCGCUUGAGAUUGGGCUGUCAGCCAUCCCAUCUCCAGAUGCCAAAAAUGCCAACCUCUACUUUUUGGAUGUGGUUCAGCAGGCCAACACAAUCUUUCACCUCUUUGAUAAGCAGUUUAAUGAUCAUCUUAUGCCUCUUAUUAGCUCCUCUCCUAAGUUGACGGAGUGCCUGCACAAGAAGAAAGAGGUGAUCGAACAGAUGGAGGUGAAGCUGGACACCGGGAUUGAUCGGACACUAAAUUGCAUGAUAGGCCAGAUGAAGCACAUCCUGGUGACUGAACAGAAGAAAACAGACUUCAAGCCAGAAGAUGAGAACAAUGUCAUGAUACAGUACACUACAGCAUGCUCAAAGGUGUGUGCCUAUGUGAGCAAGCAGGUGGAGCGUGUGCGGCGGUCCAUGGAUGGUAAGAAUGUGGACACAGUCUUGACUGAGCUGGGAGUGCGGUUCCAUAGGCUGAUCCACGAGCACCUGCAGCAGUUCAGCUACAGCUCCAUGGGUGGUAUGCUAGCCAUCUGUGAUGUGGCAGAAUACCGCCGCUCUGCCAAAGAUUUCAGGGUUCCUCUCGUGCUCCAGCUCUUUGACACGCUUCAUGCUCUGUGUAACCUCCUGGUUGUUGCCCCGGACAACCUCAAACAGGUGUGCUCUGGAGAGCAGCUGACCAACCUUGACAGGAACCUCCUCCAUGCUUUCGUCCAACUGAGAGUAGAUUAUCGCUCAGCCCGACUGGGACGGCAUUUCAGCUAAUGACUGGCAGGGCUGCUCAAUUACCGCACGGCCUACAGAACUGCCGUCCAUUCAGAGCUGCGACAAACACAAGUGGCCAAUCUUGAGUGGCUUUUGAACCGUCUUUGUCUGUGAUUCAGUGUGGAAAUUAAACUUUUGUGUUUAACGAACAAAAGGACAGCUGUUUCAAAGCUCAACACUUCCCAGGUUGCUCAGUUUUAAGUUGUGCGUUUUGUUCUGUAUGCAGGUUUUAAUGUGAGCGUAGUGUUUGGCUCAUAUUUUGUUUAUGAUAUAAUUUUAAAAGCAUAUAUAA